CCCUCUCCCAAUUUCAUCAUUUCUUAUCUCUGCAACAAAAUGGUGGUUCCAACUCUUACCGGUUUGUUGAAAACCGCCGCCGCCGAUUUCCCUGACCGGAGAGCAUUAUCCGUUUCUGGACAUUUCGAUCUCUCCCACGCCCACCUCCAACGCCUCGUAGAUUCCGCCGCCUCAAAACUCGCCGCCGGCGGUGUCAAACCAGGCGAUGUCGUUGCCCUUGUUUUCCCAAACACCGUGGAGUUUGUGAUUAUGUUUUUGGCCGUGAUUCGAGCACGAGCUACGGCGUCGCCGCUGAACGCCGCGUAUACGGCGGAGGAGUUUGAAUUUUACUUAUCGGACUCCGAUUCGAAACUUUUGGUAACCUCAAUCGAAGGUAACGGCCACGCCGAAACGGCGGCGUCUAAGCUCAAGAUUCAACACGUGACCGCUGCGCUCCCCGAUGCGAGCGCCGAGUUGAUUCUCUCCUUGACUCAGUCUAACUCGAACGGCUCGGUGUCUGACUCAGUUGGCGAAAUCGUCAACGACGGAUCCGACGUGGCGUUGUUCCUCCACACGUCAGGCACCACGAGCCGCCCCAAAGGCGUGCCGUUAACUCAGUUUAAUCUCGCCUCUUCCGUUAACAACAUUAAAUCGGUUUACAAACUCACCGAGUCCGACUCGACCGUCAUAGUCCUCCCUUUGUUCCACGUCCACGGUUUAAUGGCCGGUUUACUCAGCUCCCUCGCCGCCGGAGCCGCCGUAACUUUACCGGCUGCUGGGAGAUUCUCGGCGUCGACGUUCUGGCCGGACAUGGUCCAAUACAACGCCACCUGGUACACCGCCGUCCCUACAAUCCACCAAAUCAUACUAGACCGGCACACGACAAAACCGGAAGCGGUUUACCCGAACAUCCGGUUCAUUAGGAGCUGCAGUGCAUCGUUGGCUCCUGCUAUCUUGAACCGGUUGGAAGAGGCGUUUGGGGCGCCGGUUCUGGAGGCGUACGCGAUGACGGAGGCGUCACAUCUGAUGUCGUCGAACCCGUUGCCAGAAAACGGUCCACACAAGGCCGGGUCAGUAGGAAAACCGGUGGGUCAAGAAAUGACGAUACUGGAUGAAAACGGCGUCGUUCAGGAGGCGAAUAUGAAAGGCGAAGUUUGUUUAAAGGGUCCAAAUGUAACGAACGGUUAUAAAGGCAACCCGGUAGCGAACGAGGAAGCGUUCCGGUACGGGUGGUUCCACACCGGCGAUAUUGGGUUCUUCGAUUCCGAUGGGUACUUGCAUCUCGUCGGUCGGAUCAAGGAGUUGAUCAACCGUGGAGGGGAAAAGAUAUCGCCAAUUGAAGUGGACGCGGUGCUGUUGGCUCAUCCGGACGUGGCUCAGGCUGUCUCAUUUGGAGUUCCGGACCCCAAGUAUGGGGAGGAGAUAAACUGUGCGAUAAUUGGAAGGGAAGGAUCAAAGAUUGGAGAGGAAGAUGUGUUGAGGUUUUGCAGAAACAACUUGGCUGCCUUCAAAGUCCCAAAGAAGGUCUUUUUCACGGAUUCCCUGCCCAAGACUGCUUCCGGCAAAAUACAACGCCGAAUCGUAGCCGCCCAUUUCCUUCACCAAAAUUCCUAAGGACCAAUCUCCACCGCUACUAUUACAGACUUCUCAAUUGUGUGGAUACCACAAUAAUAAUCUUAUUUUCCUCCUGUAUUCUUAAAUUAACCUAUUUUUAAAAUCUCUCUUUUCCUCUUUCUA